AUGGGGCUAUUUACCCUGGGGUGGUACCACAUAACAGCUGGCGCCCUGGAAUCCGUUGGGAUUCGUGAGCACUACUACAAUACCCUCUCGCAUGCGGUUCUCCUGCUGCUCGUGAUGAGCGAAGGAAUCCUACUGCUCUCCUCCGCUGCUGGGCUGUGGCCCCGUCUGACUAACAGAACACCAGACUAUUAUGAUUCUGUAUUACUUCUUGUGUGCAGCCUGGUAAUGAUUGCGGUCCUGAUAAUCGGGUACCAUGCAGACGAGGACUGGCAUUUCUUUCUUACGCGAUUAGAGCAUUCAUCGUAUGCAAUAUUGGUGCUUUGUGGAUCACUAACCAGCAUCAUGAUGAGCACAAGAAAAGGACAUCAUACCAAGAGAACAAUUAUCCCGGCACUUACCGUUGUGGUUCUUGGGCUAUUGUUCACAUCUCAUCAACAAGAGGCUAUGCUGGUCAAGAAAGUCCACGAGACCCUCGGGUAUACUAUGGUGACUGCGGCGGCUUUCAGGAUCGUCGAAAUCUUGGUUGUACCCCAUUGCGCCAAUGUUUCAACAGAUGUCCACAGCAAUCUGCGUUAUAUAACUCCGCUGGUGGCUGUGGUACUUAGCUUCGUAGCAUUUGGAUCGUCGAGGGAUUUGUGUCAAGCAAUUGAAGAAGCUGGAUUUAUGGCUUCCCCAUACGUGGCCAUUCUAUACACAUGUGGCCUUGUAUACUUCUCCUUUCUUACCACCAUCAUCCAUCGCAUCAAGGAUCAUUUGUAUCCUGACGGAGGUGAUGAAAAAUACGAAUAUUCAUCGUUGCCAGGAAUGCACUCAGACAGGCUUGGAUACAAUCAGAGCUUGGAUUGA